AAAAAAAAAGGCAGGCAUCAACACAUUCACUGCUGCUCUUGUCAGGUCCAACCCCUGCUCUUUCUCUUUGACCGCGCCUUCCUUGGUUGCUCACCACUAGCUCGUCUGUAUCAACGGCUGUCAUUCACUAUGACUUACGAUCUUACAUCGAGGAUGAUCCCAUUCCUGGAUCUCCAUCUCGUCUUCCCCUUACUCGAGUUCCUCCUGAUUGAAGAGCUUUACACCCCUGUAACCUUGCUCGAGGCUCGCUAUGAGCUUGCCAAGAAGACCAACAUGAUUGACUUCAUUGAGAAGCUCGACGAUGACUUGAAGGAUGCUGGCGUCAUUCCAGCAGGGGGCGAUCUUAUUAAGAGACGUGAGGAUAUUCUGGAGCAGUUGCAGAAUGCGCAGUUCGAGGCUCAAAAGGUCAUGGAUGUGAUCGAGAACCCUGAUGUCAUUGCAGCCCUUCGUCAGGACAAACUCCAAAACUUGCAAUUUUUGAAGGAUAACUACGGUAUGACGCCCGAGAUGAUUCAGACACUGUAUACUCUAGGUCAAUUCCAGUACAGCUGCGGAAACUAUGGUGGCGCUGCUGAUAUGCUUUACCACUAUCGUGUCCUGUCGACUGAUGACAAUCUCAACCUGUCCGCUCUUUGGGGCAAGUUGGCUUCUGAGAUCUUGGUCGGAAACUGGGAAGUCGCAUACGAGGCUAUCCAAGAAUUAAAGGAAACUAUUGACAAAACUCACUUCCCCUCUCCUCUUCACCAAUUGGAGCAACGCACCUGGUUUAUCCAUUGGUCGCUCUUCGUGUUCUUCAACCACCCCAAGGGCGGCGAUGCUCUCGUGGACUUGUUUUUCCAGCCUGCUUACAUCAACACAAUCCAGACUUCAUGUCCAUGGAUUCUGCGCUACCUUACUGCUGCUGUUAUUACCAACAGACGCCGCAAGAACUUGCUUAAAGAUCUUGUCAAGGUUAUCGAGCACGAAUCUUAUCAGUAUAGGGACCCUGUUACAGAGUUCGUUGAGGCUCUCUACAUCAAUUUUGAUUUUGAUCUUGCCAAACAAAAGUUGAUCGAGUGUGAGAAGGUUUUGGAGGGUGACUUCUUCUUGGUUUCAAUCCAAGAGGAGUUUAUCCAGAAUGCUCGCUGCUUCGUAUCAGAGACAUACUGCCGUAUCCACCAGAAGAUUGAUAUUGCUGAGUUGUCACAGACUCUGAACAUGAGUAAAGAAGACGGUGAGAAGUGGAUCGUGAACCUGAUCAGGGAUACUCGUGUUGAUGCCAAGAUCGACUAUCAGGAGAAUACUGUCCUGAUGAACACGAACACAACCUCAGUGUACCAACAGAUCAUUGAGCGGACCAAGGGCCUUUCCUUCCGUUCGCAGGUGCUUGCAACCUCGAUUGAUAAGCGUGAAGCUGCUCAGGCAAAGGCUAUUGCACACGAGAAGAAUCAUCCUUCUUCAGAGGCAGCUUAGGGCAGCUCCUUAGAUCUGUAGUGAAAUAAUGGAGGGAUAUUAAAUGUUGAAGAUGACUCGUUCAAGGACAGGAAGGGGAUGUUGAUUGAAAAAAUAAAUAAUGAGCAUUUGUACCACCCGUUUGGGGUUUGACCAAAAAAAAAUGUUUUGGUCGCACACAAAUGUGUUGACACCAAAGUCAACUUUCGGC